AUGCUGUUACUAUUCCUCGUUACAGUGUUGAUACACCAUUCGAGCGCGGAACACUAUAAAACGAAACCGAGCUUCGUGAAAACAUGUUCCCUAAGUGAUCCGGACUUCGACGACUGUUCCCAAGAGGCCGUGCAGUUGCUGUUCAACGCACUAGGACCGGGACUUCCAGAGAUAGACCUACCUCCAUUGGACCCCUUGAAAAUUCCCAAAAUAAGGAUUCUACAAGGAGAAGGUCCAGUCAACGUAAAUGCCGCACUCGACGACGUUACUGUAACCGGUUUCGGUAAAACUGACGUGUUGCUCAGCCAGGUGGACAGCAAAACUUAUGAUUUCUACACACGGGUGCGAGUGCCGAAAAUAAGAAUCGAAGGCACGUAUGAUUUGAAAGGAAAAAUCCUGUUAAUUCCUUUAGUAGGACGCGGCAAAUGCUGGUUUGAGCCAAGCAAUAUGACGAUAGAUAUUGUGAGUGACGUAAAAUUGUACGAAAAGGAUGGUUUUCCUUUCUUUAAUGUGACACAAGUUCAUGUAAAAUAUAACAUCGGGAUUCUAAAACUCUACAUGCACAAUUUAUUUGAUGGUAUAUCCUCACUCGAGGAGAGCACAAAUGCCUAUUUAAACGCGAAUUGGCGACCAGUAUCUGAAUCGUUACGACCGAUUCUAUCCAAAACAAUUGAAGAUAUUUUACUCGGCUUCAUGCAACAGAUCUUUCAUAAUUUACCAGCCACCUUUAUGAUAGAAGACGUCAAAAAUAAUCACUUAUUCAGCAAACGCAAUGACAAAGUAUAA